UACCUCUUCGCAAUCCACUAAUCUCUAAAGGAGGACUACGUCUGUCCGGGCUGCUGCCACGUCAAUGGUUUCGUCAUCACUAUCAACAUAAAACAUGGCGACAUCUGUCAGAGAAAAGCAAAUAGUCGCCUUAAAGCGAAUGUUGAACUUCAACACUCCUCCUCUGAAGAACACAGCAGCUGAGCCAGUAUGGAAGGUGUUAAUAUACGACAGAUUUGGUCAAGAUAUCAUCUCUCCACUGCUGUCGGUCAAAGAGCUGCGAGACAUGGGCAUCACUCUUCAUCUGCUUCUUCACUCGGACAGAGAUCCGAUUCCCGACGUUCCUGCCAUCUACUUCCUAAUGCCCACAGAGGAGAACAUCGACAGGAUCUGUCAGGAUCUGAGGAGCCAGCUGUAUGAGUCGUACUUCCUCAACUUCAUCUCUGCCAUCAGUCGGAGUAAACUGGAGGACAUUGCCAGUGCUGCUCUGUCUGCUAAUGCAGUCAGCCAAGUCACCAAGGUUUUUGAUCAGUACCUGAACUUCAUCACCCUGGAAGAUGACAUGUUCAUCCUCUGCCACCAAAACAAAGAGCUCAUCUCUUACCAUGCCAUCAACAGAGCAGACAUCCAAGACACAGACAUGGAGGCCAUAAUGGACACCAUCGUAGACAGCCUCUUUUGUUUCUUUGUUACUCUGGGUGCAGUGCCAAUCAUCCGAUGCCCCAGGGGAAAUGCUGCAGAGAUGGUGGCUGUGAAGCUGGAUAAAAAGCUGCGUGAGAACCUGCGGGACGCCAGAAAUAGUCUGUUUACCGGAGACAGUAUGACUGCCGGUCAGUUCAGUUUCCAGAGACCCCUUCUGGUUCUAGCUGACCGCAACAUGGACAUGGCCACGCCCCUUCACCACACCUGGACCUAUCAGGCCCUGAUCCAUGAUGUCCUGGACUUCCAUCUGAAUAGGGUGAUGAUGGAGGAGGGAGGGGGGACCGACCCAUCACACGCUGGCGCCAGACCAAAGAAAAAGACCAAGAAGACGUAUGACCUCACCGCUGCUGAUACGUUCUGGCAGAAGCACAAGGGCAGUCCAUUCCCAGAGGUGGCGGAGUCGGUCCAGGAAGAGCUUGAUGCAUACAGAGCCCAGGAAGACGAGGUCAAACGGCUGAAAAGCAUUAUGGGUUUGGACGGCGAGGAUGAAGGAGCCAUCAGCAUGCUGUCAGACAACACAGCCAAGCUCACCUCAGCCGUCAGCUCUCUGCCUGAGCUCCUGGAGAAGAAAAGACUGAUUGAUCUUCACACAAACGUUGCCACUGCCGUCCUCGACCACAUUAAGAGUCGUAAAUUGGAUGUUUACUUUGAGUAUGAAGAGAAGCUGAUGAGCAAAUCAACCAUAGACAAGUCACUGCUGGACGUCAUCGGUGACCCAGACGCGGGGACUCCAGAGGACAAGAUGAGACUCUUCCUCAUCUACUACAUCACAGCUCAGCAGGUUCCUUCAGAGACUGAUUUGGAGCAGUAUAAGAAGGCUUUGUCGGAUGCGAACUGUGACCUUUCACCUCUAAACUACAUCAAACAAUGGAAGGCGUUUACCAAAAUGGCUUCCAGCCCAGCUAACUACGGCAACAGUGGAGUCAAACCGAUGGGGCUGUUCUCCAGAGUCAUGAAUACUGGCUCUCAGUUUGUCAUGGAGGGAGUGAAGAACCUGGUGCUCAAACAGCAUAACCUUCCAGUCACUCGGAUUGUGGACAACCUGAUGGAAAUGAAAUCUCAUCCUGAAACUGAUGAUUAUCGCUACUUUGACCCAAAGAUGCUGCGGGGUAGCGAGAGCUCCAUUCCCAGGAACAAAAAUCCAUUUCAGGAGGCCAUCGUGUUUGUGGUUGGAGGAGGAAACUACAUCGAGUACCAGAACCUGGCGGACUACGCUAAGUCGAAACCGGGGAGGAAGGUGAUUUAUGGCUGCAGUGAGCUCUUCAACGCAGCUCAGUUCAUGAAGCAGCUCUCUCAACUUGGACAGAAGUGACCUGUGCACCAAUAAAACCGAUCCUCCUGUUUCCUAGCUAGCCUCCGUUUUAUAUCAGCUCUCUUCUGUAAAUGGACUAAAUAUUUCUGUCUUUGUAAAUCUGCUCCAUCCACUCAUUCCUAAUAAACCUGAACAGUCUGAAGUCA